GUUAAUCCAGAAACUGGACUUCCAAAUCGAUAUUGCUUUUGUCGAAAAAAUCAAAAGAAAAAACAGAAGCAACGCGCAUACAAUUCUUGAAUAGAAGCAGAGCCGUGAAAAAGUGAAAGAUAACCCAGCCCUUUCAGCCGAUUGGAAACCCUAUUUUUGGUCAAAAUCUACUCAGGGAAAGUUUAUGGAUAGCGAUGAUUGUGAGCUUGUUAUUACCCAUGAAGGUCCUGGGGAUAUCAGGAAUUCGAAUAAUUUGGACUUGAACGUGGAACAUGAUGCCCGUAGCCCAAAGUUGUUAGACGUUAAUUCAGUUCAGUUGAGUAAUUCAGCGGAACAUGAAUUGCUCAAACUUGGUGCAGAGUUUGAAUCAGAUGAGGAAGCAUAUAGUUUUUAUACCAAGUAUGCUGAGUUGGUAGGUUUUAGCGUUAGGAAGGACUGGGUUAAUAGGAGUAAAGUACAUGGUCGAGUGAUGUCCAGAAAGUUCACCUGUUCAAGACAAGGUUAUCGUAAGAAAGAUAAGCGGGAUGCUAAUGUGAAGAAGCACCGGAAGGAAACAAGAACUGGUUGUUUGGCGCAUAUGGUGGUAACCCGUCAACCUAAUGGUAAAUAUCAAGUUACACAUUUUGAAGCAGAGCACAACCAUGAGGAUGUAAACCUAAGUGAAGCUCAGAAAUUGCUGGAAUUACAAUUACCAGGAAAAGUGGAAUCUACUGAAGUUUCUGAAACUGACUCAAAGAAGAAUUCCGAGAUACAAUCAAAAUUAUAUUUUCAACUGUUGGGUAUACAAUUUUGCACCCCAGAGAAUCAUGAAUGCCUUCAAAUAGGUGAUGAAAUUUAUCUUAAAUCUGGACGGACAAGAGAUUUGAAGGAGGGAGAGGCAGGGCGUCUUUUGUAUUAUUUCCAGAGGCAACAUUUUGAAAACCCCUCAUUCUUUUAUUCAGUACAACUUGAUAUCGAGGAUAAGAUAAGCAACAUAUUUUGGGCCGACGACAAUAUGAUUCUAGAAUAUGGUCAUUUUGGCGAUGUGGUUUGUCUUGAUACAUCAGCCACAAGAAAUGUAGAUUCUCGUCCAUUUGUGCAGUUCACUGGACUGAAUCAUCAUAGACAGGUACUGAUAUUUGGUGCCGCCUUCUUAUACGAUGAAACUGUCGAUUCUUUUAAGUGGCUGUUUCGAACUUUUGUUGAGGCAAUGUCGGGUAAAAAACCAAGAUUCAUUCUCACAGAUCAAGAUGCUGCAAUUGUCCAAGCUAUUCAUUCAGUUUUACAAGAAACAAGCCACUGUAUAUGUGCAUGGCAGAUGUAUCGAAUUGCACUUAAACAUCUUCAUCACGCCAUAAUGGAAUAUGACUCUUUUGCCAAAGAUUUUAGAAGUUGCAUAUUUUGUCAUGAGCACGAAGAAGAUUUCAUCAAUGCCUGGGAUUGCAUGUUGGAGAAACAUGGACUGCGCCAAAAUGCGUGGUUGAGAUGGAUGUUCAGAGAGAAAGAAAAAUGGGCUAUAGCAUAUGGUAGAAAUACCUUCUUCGUUGAAAAAAAUGGCACACAUCUAGUUGAGCAGAUGUCUGAUAACUUGAGAAACUACUUGGGCUCUGAUGUUGACGUGCUUCAGUUUUUCAAGCAUUUUGAGAGCAUGGUAAAUGAACAAAGGUAUAAAGAACUAGAAUCGACAUUUGACAUGGCAAGAAAUGCUCCAAUGUUGAUGGCUAAUGCAGUCUUGUUAAAGCAUCCAAGCAAUGUUUAUACACCCAAGGCAUUUGCUGUUUUUCAACGAGAAUAUGAGAAGUGUUUAAACGUCGUUGUUAACAAGUGCACUAACCGUGAUUCAAGAUUUGAGUAUAAACUAAAAACUUAUGGGAAGUCUAAAGAAUGCUCAGUUGUAUAUAAUUCUCUUGAUCAUACGGUUACUUGCAAUUGUAUGAAGUUUGAACAUGUUGGUUUUCUUUGUAGCCAUGCCCUCAAAGUGCUUGAUCAUCAAAAUAUAAAGGUGGUCCCAUUCCACUACAUCCUGAAGAGAUGGACAAAAGAUGCAAGAAUUGAAAGCAUCAUAGAAAAUUAUGGUUUUCCUGAGGAAGACAACAAAAAGUUAAUUGCCACUCGGUACAGAGAUAUUGGUCGCAAGAUUCUUAAAAUAUCGGCAAGAGCUGCUGUAUCUGACUCAGCAUUUGAAUUCGCUGCAAGACAACUCAAUGAAGUAGUGCAAGGUGUUGAAAGAAUCUUGAAUUUUAAACCCUACGAGGAAGCUAAAGAUACAACUACAAGCGGUGGAGGUGCUUGUGCUUCUGAAGAUGAAAUGGCCGACAUGGGUCUUGAUAAAAGUGAAUUUGAGGUUCAGGAUGUUGGUGUCCUGAGAGGGGCAGCUGAAACAGAAAGUAUCGUCCCAGGUAGAGAUCAAUUAAAUCAUUGUGAUGAAGCAAUUCCCAGUAGAAGUGGGGGUCUAAGCAUGCAUCCAUCUCCACCAGAGACUGUUUUAUCAGUUGCAUGUGUUCCUUCAAUAUACAUUUCGUCCCCAAGUCCGAACCCGACAAUGAAUCCUCUUACACAGGGUUUAUAUCCUGUUGAAGCAAAUCAUAUGGUACAUAACAUGUAUCAAACACCAAAUUUGACAAUCAACCAGCAACCUAAUUCUAAUAUGUAUGAGCAGCAUAACUUUUACUCUAGUCAGCAGCAUUCUCCCGACCAAGUUCAAUUUCUACAAGAAUCAUUGAUUCGUAAUCAAUUCCAAGAGUCUAUGUCCAAUGGUACCCAGUUGAGGCAGGUUAUGGAUCAUGACAACCAAAACCCACAUUCAUCUUCAUUCAUGGAUUACAAUCACAGAUACAGAGCUACCGGUGUUUAAUAUAUAAAGAGAGCAGUGGCUUUCUAUCCCAACAAUUUUUUUGAUGAAUGUAUAUGCUGUACAGAGUUUCUAUUGCUUCCAUUGUUGGAUAUUUUAAAAGAGUCCCUUGACAAGAGUGAUUGAAGUGCAAUUUUCCGUUCAUGAGGUGCAUUGGCACAGACUGCAAUAGUAAACACAUGAGGGAAAUCAAUUUAUUCCACCAGCAUGCCUGUGCGUAAAGAAAGGUAUUGUUGUCUCUCUUUUCUUUUAAUUGCCUCUCCUUUUUUUUAUUUUUUUUGGGUUUUCUUCCCUUUUUUAUUUCUUUUUGUAGUGUAGUUCAUGAUCUUGCAAUUUGAAUGUGUUUUCACUGAUCUGAGCUGGAAAAAGCAUCUGCUGUGGUUUUCGAUCUGGUUUCUGUAUGUUCUUGAAAUUGCAGGGCCACAAAGUCUGCAAUGAUGACCAAUAUGUAAAGAGAAUCAAUGUUAGCAAAUCCGUCUGAAGGCAUUUUCCUCCGAUCCAGAGUGCAACACGCAAUUGUGCUGAAGUUGUUAUGGAAACUAGGUUAGCAGGCUCAACUUGUCGUAUUAUGGCUUCUGCAUCCGUUACUAAUUUCUUAUACUAGAGAUGUUGUCUUCACUCAUGCUCAUGUGAUGGUGCUCAAAAGCUGUCGAUGGAUCUCUCAAUAGUGGCGAAUGUCUUUCUAACCUUUUGAAAUGUAAAAGGUUACAGGUAUGAAAAAAUACAAAGUAGUUUUUGGAUAUGUGCUUGAGGGAGUUACAGGGACACAUUGGACGAAACAUCGGAUCCCUCAAGUUCCUUUUGAAUUAUGAUUGGCAGUUUUUAACGAACGAGCUUGUCUAAAAGCUUAAAUUAGAAAAGAACCAAGUCAUAUUUUGAUCUAUCUUCAACCCUUUCCCUGA